CCCCCCCAAUCGCCGCCGUCUGCAUCGCGCACUCUGCUGCCUCCUGCUUCUCCGACUGCGGCGGCGAAGGAUAUUUUUAAUUAACUAAUUAAUUAAACAAUCAGUUAGAGAGGAGAAUGGGAAGAUCGCCGUGCUGCUCCAAGGAAGGUCUGAAGAGAGGGCCGUGGUCGGCGAGGGAAGACGCCAUACUUUCCGACUACAUCCUCCAGAACGGCGAAGGUCAAUGGCGAGCACUCCCCGGAAAAGCUGGGCUGUUGAGGUGCGGGAAGAGCUGCAGAUUGCGGUGGAUGAACUAUCUCCGGCCGGGGAUUAAGAGGGGAAAUAUCAGCCAGGACGAAGAAGAUCUGAUCGUGCGGCUGCACGGCCUCCUGGGCAACCGAUGGUCGCUCAUUGCCGGCAGAUUGCCAGGUCGAACGGACAAUGAGAUCAAAAACUACUGGAAUACUCAUCUCCACAAGAAGCUCGCCGCCGCCGGAGUUCUCCCCUGCCCGAACCGACCACUGCCCGGCUCAAUCGCCUCCGAGAAGAAGAAGAAGACGAAGGAGGAUAAGAAAUUGCCGGCGAAGGAGGAGGAAGAGCCAAACAAUGAUGCUGCGACGAAACACGGCCGUGUUGAUGAUUUGGUUCCUCCGAAGACGAAGGUGUACUCGCCGAAGCCGAUGAGAGUGUCGCCGGGGUUCUCCAGGAGCAGCAGCUACGACAGCUGGGCCACCAGCGGCACGUCCAGCAGCGACGGCGCAGAUAAGGCGGCGGCGGCGCCGUCGACCGCCGAGGUGUUGUCGUAUGUUUGGCCGGCGAUGUUUCCUGCCGGAGACGGCGGGGAUGAGGAGGGGGAUGAUUUUCUCGGCGCCGGAACCUUCCUCCCGCUGCUCCACCACCAGAUGGACGCCAUCGCCGGCGACGACAAGAUGCUGGAUCAAGUCUACGACGAGUAUUUGCAGCUUCUCUGAAAUGUUGAAAUUAUAAUAAUAACUUAAUUAAUUACUAAGACCAUGUUCUUUUGUUCAUCGUAAUUGUAACUGUAACUGUAACUGUGCAGUGUAUAAAUAAUUAACUUUUUCUAAUUAGUGCUAAUUCUCAUUUCUUUGUUUACUUA